CUUAGGGAAGCUUUGAAUUAAUUUGAGAAAAUGAAGACACACCAAUGAGGGCAGGCAGUGGAGAAUAGGCUGCUUAGUCUCUCCAGGCCGUCCUGGAGCCUCCCAGCAGGCACCCAGGUGCUGAAGGAGUCGUCUUACUGUAUGGGAAGUCUUGGCACCCUUCGGAACUUACAGAGAGAUCCACGGACAGAGUCCCGGUGACCCCGGCCGGCAGGGUUCCGAGCUCGGCAACAUGGCUUCCCCGCCCCACCAGCAGCUGCUGCAGCACCACAGCACCGAGGUGAGCUGCGACUCCAGCGGAGACAGCAACAGCGUGCGGGUCAGGAUCAACCCCAAGCAGCCGUCCUCCAACAGUCACCCGAAGCAUUGCAAGUACAGCAUCUCCUCCAGCUGCAGCAGCUCCGGGGACUCCGGAGGGGUCCCCCGGAGAAUGGGCGCCGGAGGCCGCCUGCGCAGGAGGAAGAAGCUGCCCCAGCUGUUCGAACGGGCUUCCAGCCGGUGGUGGGACCCCAAGUUCGACUCCGUGAACCUGGAGGAGGCUUGCAUGGAGCGUUGCUUCCCGCAGACCCAGCGCCGCUUCCGCUAUGCGCUCUUCUACAUCGGCUUCGCCUGCCUUCUCUGGAGCAUCUAUUUUGGGGUCCACAUGAAAUCGAAACUGAUUGUCAUGGUAGUCCCUGCUCUGUGCUUCCUCGUGGUGUGUGUGGGCUUUUUUCUGUUUACCUUCACCAAGAUGUACGCCCGCCAUUACGUGUGGACUUCGCUGGUUCUCACCCUCCUGGUGUUCGCCCUGACCCUGGCUGCCCAGUUUCAGGUUUUGACGCCCCUCUCAGGACGAGUUGACAGCUUCAAUCAUUCUCGGGCCGCCAGGCCCACAGACACUUGCUUAUCUCAAGUGGGGAGCUUUUCCAUGUGCAUCGAAGUGCUCUUUUUGCUCUACACCGUCAUGCACUUACCUUUGUACUUGAGCUUGAUUUUGGGAGUGGCCUAUUCUGUUCUUUUUGAGACCUUCGGCUAUCACUUCCAAGACGAAGCCUGCUUUCCCUCACCUGGAGCGGAGGCCCUGCACUGGGAGCUGCUGAGCCGGGCCCUGCUCCACCUCUGCAUUCACGCCAUCGGGAUCCACCUGUUCAUCAUGUCCCAGGUGAGAUCCAGGAGCACCUUCCUCAAGGUGGGCCAGUCUAUUAUGCACGGAAAGGAUCUGGAAGUGGAAAAAGCCCUGAAAGAGAGGAUGAUUCAUUCUGUGAUGCCAAGAAUCAUAGCUGAUGACUUGAUGAAACAGGGGGAUGAGGAGAGCGAGAAUUCUGUCAAAAGGCAUGCCACCUCCAGCCCCAAGAACAGGAAGAAGAAGUCUUCCAUCCAGAAGGCCCCUAUCGCCUUCCGCCCGUUUAAGAUGCAGCAGAUCGAAGAAGUCAGUAUUUUAUUUGCAGAUAUCGUGGGCUUCACCAAGAUGAGUGCCAAUAAGUCUGCCCAUGCCCUGGUGGGUCUCCUCAACGAUCUGUUUGGCCGCUUCGACCGGUUGUGUGAGGAGACCAAAUGUGAGAAAAUCAGCACCCUGGGAGACUGCUACUAUUGUGUGGCUGGGUGUCCUGAGCCAAGGGCCGACCAUGCCUACUGCUGCAUCGAGAUGGGGUUGGGCAUGAUAAGAGCCAUCGAGCAGUUCUGCCAAGAGAAGAAAGAGAUGGUGAACAUGCGCGUUGGGGUUCACACAGGGACCGUCCUGUGUGGCAUCUUGGGCAUGAGGAGGUUUAAAUUUGAUGUGUGGUCCAAUGAUGUGAACUUGGCCAAUCUCAUGGAGCAGCUGGGAGUGGCUGGCAAGGUUCACAUUUCCGAGGCCACCGCAAAAUACCUAGAUGACCGGUACGAAAUGGAGGAUGGGAAAGUUACCGAACGCCUUGGCCAGAGUGUUGUUGCUGACCAGUUGAAAGGUUUGAAGACAUACCUGAUAGCGGGUCAGAGAGCGAAGGAGUCUCACUGCAGCUGUUCAGAGGCCUUGCUUUCUGGCUUUGAGGUCCUUGACGGCUCGCGGGUGUCCUCAGGCCCUAGGGGACAGGGGACAGCAUCGCCAGGGAGUGUCAGUGACUUGGCGCAGACUGUCAAAACCUUUGAUAACCUUAAGACCUGCCCAUCGUGCGGAAUCACAUUCACUCCCAAGUCAGAAGCUGGUGCAGAAGGCGGAGCGGUCCAGAACGGCUGUCAGGAGGAGCCCAAGAACAGCGCUAAGGCCUCUGGAGGACCCAGCUCCAAAACGCAAAACGGACUUCUGAGCCCUCCCCCGGAGGAGAAGCUCACCAACAGUCAGACCUCUCUGUGCGAGAUCUUACAGGAGAAAGGCAGGUGGGCAGGCGUGAGCCUGGAUCAGUCGGCGCUCCUUCCGCUGAGGUUCAAGAACAUCCGGGAGAAAACGGACGCCCACUUUGUCGAUGUUAUCAAGGAAGACAGCCUGAUGAAAGACUACUUUUUUAAGCCACCUAUUAACCAGUUCAGCUUGAACUUCCUGGAUCCGGAGCUUGAGCGGGCCUACAGGACCAGUUAUCAAGAAGAGGUUAUAAAGAACUCUCCCGUGAAGACUUUUGCCAGUGCCACCUUCAGCUCCCUCCUGGAUGUGUUUCUGUCGACAACAGUGUUUCUGAUUCUCUCCAUCACCUGCUUCCUGAAGUAUGGGGCCGCCUCCACGCCGCCCCCGCCGGCCGCCCUGGCAGUCUUUGGAGCGGCCCUGCUGCUGGAGAUCCUGUCCCUCGUGGUCUCCGUCAGGAUGGUGUUUUUCCUGGAGGACGUGAUGGCGUGCACCAAGCGCCUGCUGGAGUGGAUAGCCGGCUGGCUCCCGCGCCAUUUCAUCGGGGCCAUCCUGGUGUCCCUCCCUGCCCUGGCGGUGUAUUCACACGUUACCUCCGAGUUUGAGACAAACAUACACUCCACCGUGUUCACGGGCUCCGCCGUGCUGACUGCCGUGGUGCAAUACUGCAACUUCUGCCAGCUCAGCUCCUGGAUGCGGUCCUCCCUGGCCACUGCCGUCGGGGCCGGGCCCCUGCUGCUUCUGCUCUACGUCUCCCUGUGCCCGGACAGUUCCACUGUAAUUUCACACCUUGAUGCAGUACAGAAUUUCAGCUCCACGAGAAAGCUGUGCAACACCUCGCUGCCUCACGACAGCAGGAGCCCAGCCAGCCUGAUCGGCCAGGAGGUAAUUCUCGUCUUCUUCCUCCUGCUCCUGUUGGUCUGGUUCCUGAACCGAGAGUUCGAAGUCAGCUACCGCCUGCACUACCACGGGGACGUGGAGGCGGACCUGCACCGCACCAAGAUCCAGAGCAUGAGGGACCAGGCCGACUGGCUGCUGAGGAACAUCAUCCCCUACCACGUGGCCGAGCAGCUGAAGGUGUCCCAGACCUACUCCAAGAACCACGACAGCGGAGGCGUCAUCUUCGCCAGCAUCGUGAACUUCAGCGAGUUCUACGAGGAGAACUACGAGGGCGGCAAGGAGUGCUACCGGGUCCUCAACGAGCUGAUCGGGGACUUCGACGAGCUCCUGAGCAAGCCGGACUACAGCAGCAUCGAGAAGAUCAAGACCAUCGGGGCCACGUACAUGGCCGCGUCCGGGCUGAACGCCACGCAGUGCCGCGACGGCAGCCACCCGCAGGAGCACCUGCAGAUCCUCUUCGAGUUUGCCAAGGAGAUGAUGCGUGUGGUGGACGACUUCAACAACAACAUGCUGUGGUUCAACUUCAAGCUCAGGGUGGGCUUCAACCAUGGGCCCCUGACGGCGGGCGUCAUCGGCACCACCAAGCUGCUCUAUGACAUCUGGGGGGACACGGUCAACAUCGCCAGCAGGAUGGACACCACGGGCGUGGAGUGCCGCAUCCAGGUCAGCGAGGAGAGCUACCGCGUCCUGAGCAAGAUGGGCUAUGAGUUCGACUACCGAGGGACGGUGAACGUCAAGGGCAAAGGCCAGAUGAAGACCUACCUGUACCCCAAGUGCACGGACAGUGGGUUGGUGCCACAGCACCAGCUGUCCAUCUCUCCUGACAUCCGCGUCCAGGUGGAUGGCAGUAUCGGACGCUCCCCCACAGACGAGAUAGCCAACCUGGUGCCUUCCAUUCAGAACCCGGACCAGGUGUCCCUGGGUUCUGAGAACAACGCCCAGACCAGGGACGCUCACCCGUCUGCUAAGAGACCCUGGAAGGAGCCCAUCAGAGCCGAAGAAAGGUGUCGGUUCGGCAAAGCCAUAGAGAAAAGCGACUGUGAAGAAGCCGGGAUGGAGGAAGCCAACGAACUCACCAAGCUCAACGUCUCAAAGAGGGCGUGACGUGGCCCAGCCCGCCCGCGGUGCUCUGUCCGUCCAGGCGCCACCGUUCCCGUCCCCAGACGUGGUGUCGUGUGGUUACUGCAGCCCUAACUUCUGUGUGGAUCACAGUCGUUCAGGGUUCACUUUCAUCUGCCUCCUUCCCCUUCCCCCACUCGGUGUGACCGUCAGAAGCGUGGAGAACAAGUGCCUUCAGGGGCUGGCGCGCCCUGGAGUCCAGGGAAGCGCAGCCAGGGUGUGGCGCUGGGUGGUGGUAGACGUUAAAACAGAAGCUGUGGUUAAAAUCAGAUUUUUAUUGCUUUUUCUCACGAGACACUUUUUUUUUUUUGGCUAAUAUAAUGUUUUUGAGGUUUUUUUUUCCUGUAUACAUACUAGUGUUUUUCCAGUGACCUGACCUUUCUAUGUAAACACAUACACGCACACACACUUGUAUUCAUGAAUAUGAGAUCAAGUGCCAGUGACUCACUGGGCGGGGUGCUGGGGGCGCAGGCUGAGGACUUCGAGGAGCCGGCAACCCCCUACCCGCAACUUCUAGGGCGUUCGGGCCCUCGGGGGCUGUGGCUGCACCCACUGGCCCCCCACACCCAAGCGGCUUUAGGGCUUCCUCCUCAUGCAGGCCAAGAUUCCAAAUGCCAAUCGGUCUCACAGCUUGUGAACCCAGGCCUCAGGUAUCUAAAAGCCCUUUUCCAUUCUUCCCCCGCCCUGAGGGGUCUUCCAGCCGGGGUGGAGGGGCUCAUCUUUGAAGCUGACUCGUCCCAGAGGGAAACGCAAAAUAAACAUCCGAGGGUUGCAUUUAUUUAUUUAUUUAUUUAUCAGGAACCGUGUGUGUCUCGGGGAGGGUUGCUGGGCUGUUCUCUCUAGUGAAGGGAACUAGGCUUGGAGCGGAGGGUAGGUCACAGCGGAAAGAUGAAGGUGGGGCCAUUAGAGCUCCAGCCACCCAGGGCCGUCUCCCCUGAGGAGCAGGACCCCAGUGGGCAUGGCCCAUGCUCUGGGUUGGGGCACCCUCGGCCACCACUUUGAACGCAAAAGCUCUGCUCCUACCCCUCGCCCAUGGGGUCUGCCCAUGGCAGGAGCUGGGUCAGAACAGCUCAGUGUGAAGCAGGUCUGGGCCGAGCACCAGGGCUGGCAGGUAACGCUUGGCCUCCACUUUUGGGAAGUUUCUCCGUUCUUUCCAUUCUCAGCCUGCGCAGCGCUUGUCUGUGGCGGGAUCGGGCCUGGUGAGUGGACCCCAGUCCUCUUUAGGUGGAGCUCUUACACUGUCAGUAGGGGCAGAAUCGUCUGGAUGUAAAUGCGGUGUUGGAACCUGGGGGAGUACAGAAAACCCAAGUGAGCACAGAACUCACUUCUGUGCCCUUUGUUACGAAUCCCGUUAUCCCCCUUGUAAUUGUUUUGCCACAUUGAGUCUGAAGUUUAUGUAGACUUGAACUCAGGCCAGAGUUGUCCUGUCACAGUCACAUGACCCCUCCCUCUUACGGUGGCUGCAGCCCAUGCGGUAGGGGAGGGCUAGCUCCUCCUCUGUGUGAGGCCUUCACCAACGUGCCCUGUGCGUUUUCUUGUCCCCAGCAAAUCUCUGUGUAGCUUUUGCAUCUGCACCAAGUCCCUUUAUCACUCCUCCUUGCCAAACUCACACAGAAUCUGCCCUCCCCGGCACCAUGAAGUAUUGACUUGGAUCAGCCAGCUCCCUAGUGACGUGCCUGGGAAGGCCCCCAGCAGCGCAGUCAUAAGCCAGAAUCUCCACGUCCAGGGGGAUUUGCCUUCAGGUUUUGCUGUCAGACUGUUGGUCUUCCAACACCGGAGAAAGGAUGACUGUGACAAUACCUCUUGCUUCUAAAGAAUGUAUUCUUAUAAAAUACCGCAGAAUUUUUAUUUUUUCUUAGAAACACUACCUGAUGCUCUGCCUGUCCGUCAGGGUUCUGGGCACGUCAGGGGUUCCUUCCAUCAGUAUUAAGGUGGGUGUCAUGUAUGGCCCUCAUCCUCUGUCCCCCCAUCCAUGGGCCCCAGGCUCUGCAGCUACCGUGGUGGCCAGGGGCUGCUGGGCGGUUGCUGAGUUCUCUGCUUUUCUGCUCCACAAAGCUCAUCUCUGCACAUGCUUCCUCCCUUGAAAACUCUUUUUUUCCUUCCCCUCCUGCAAAGGUUGUUUGUGAUUCCUAGGAAGCCAAGGGGCAGCAGAUAACAGGGAUAGUGUGGUGACCCCCGCCGGCCCAGUUCAGCAUUGUGCAAAUGGGAACCUUCAAAGGACAGUUUAAAUUGUCUUUAAAAAACACCCCGAGCCUUCCUAAGCAACCAGUACAGGUAUUCCCUCUGGGUGUUCCACUCGUGACUUGGGUCCCUCCCAGCCACUGCUCAGAAGCGUACCUCAGCGCAGAACCACGGAGUGUCCGCAGGGGCUGCACUGGGCCUCCGACACAGCCGGUUGCUGAAGACAGACUUCUGAGCAGCAGUCUCAGGCACUACCGAUUCAGUGGAGGCAUCCUUCAGAGCGGUAUACCUCCUGUGAACUUAGGGCAGGAAGCAAUACUUCAGAAUUGAAUGUGUGUAAAUAUAGUUGCUUUGAGUUGCAAUCGCUGUUUUCUUCUUGGCCUCAGGUCUGAUCAAAUUCUCCAUGUACAAAUCCAUAUAAACAAGCACACAGAAUUGUAUCCAAGGCAGACAAACGCAGAGCAUCAGUUAUGAAACCUUCACAGAGCCUGGAGGCUCCCCACAGCUCCGUGACCCUGACCGUGCUGUGGAGACGCCCGCACAUUUGCACUUGACACUGAGAGCCAAAGGGCCGCGUGCUUCCCGUUAUGUGGGCUGUCGUGAUUUGUAGUUUCCAAAGGUCUGUCCGCGUUUGCAUUUCUAGGUUUUCGAGGUAAGCACUUUUUGGUGGUUGUUUCGGAAAAUCACGUCAUGCCUAGAAUCUGAAAUUAAAUUCGUGAGAACCAACUGUUUGAGUUCUCCAUCUUUCCUUUGCUCUACCUUUUUGAAUUGUUAAUCCUGAUAAUUUCAAAAUGCACCCCACUCCCCACCACCCCAAAGAAAUGAACAUUAAAAUACUCUAAAAUCUCAACAUUUGCUGCCUGGUAUUUCCUCACUGACAAGAUUGGUACCACUUCUGAGAUUACAGCAGUCCUCCUUGCCGGCCAACUGUGGCUGAAAUAAGGUUUGCGGGUCUUUUACAUUGUGACUUUGAAAACAAGGCAACUCAAAACCCUAUUGUGUGUGUGUGUGUUAAAUGACUGUAUUUGCUAUAGUUAACUUUUUUUGAGAAGUAUUUAUUUAUGCAUGGGACUUUUUAACAAAAGCAGGUUACAGCACAAAUUUUGUUUGAGACCAUAUCCUGAUUUUAUUAGGCCUCCUAAAGAGUUUCUCCCACAAUAUCUCAAGCAAUUGACUGAGAAAAUGAAGUCAGUUUUUUAAAAGGAUGUGCCCACAUAGCCUCUCCCUUACAGAGUUCUGGGAGGCCUGUGUCACGGGGAAGGUCACAGACCCAGUUCAGAAUCUGUUUAAAUUCAGAGUGUCUUUGACAGAAAAUGCACAUGCCAUUUCACACAUCACAGGGGCUCACAGCACCUCCAUACCUGGAGCCAGAUGCUGGCUCUGUUGGGGGUUAGCACCUUCCCCCAUGGUUUUUCCUGGCGGUAUUUAGGUACAACUGCAAAGCAAGGAUGCUCUUGUCGACUCAGGGAAGGGGGAUGCGGACGUGGCCCAGGACUUGUUCAUCAGCUUGGAGGCACCCAGCGUCUAGGUGAUCCUGGAACCCGUGAGGACAGCACUUGUUGACAAGGGUGCUCUUUCCUCUGAGUCUGUACUGCAGGCAUCUUCAGGAACUUUCCAGGAGGUGAGGAAACAGCAGUCUUUGUUGCAUUUCUCUCUCAGGAAGGACACCCCAGGGACUUUAGGAGCUUUCUCUAACAGUCUCUCAAAAGGCAACCUCUAAUUCUCUGCAGCAAGCCCCAGGUCUUUCCAUUUGUGGUUUCGCUUUCACUUUCAUUUUCAUCUAUUCUGUCCCUUUAAAAAAAAAAAACAAAACAAAAAAAAAACACUUUAGCUUGCAUUUUAGAGACAGUUCUGAAAUAAGUGCAAAGAAUUGACCUUACCCAAGUUGAGGUCUGGCCUUUUCUCUGGUCUCUUGGGAAGUGAUCUCUGAGCUCUUGGACUGUCCUGCCUAAUACAUGUCUCUGGGUAACUGGGGUCUUUGGGUCACACCAGCUUGUCCAGUGGUGUGGUUUAGUGUGGCUUUCACAUGGACGUUAUGCUGGGGCUGGAGACAACUUCUUUCAGCUGAAAUCUCUCCGCGUGGCGGCUUUUCUCUGCUGUGGAAAUCUGUCAUGGUGGCCACCUUGGUUGGAUCCUAAGUGCCAGGGAGAGGAAGUGGACUGGGGCAGCAGAUAGCGAGAGGAAGUGAUUAAGAAAAAGUACACACUUGCUCACCACAUAGGCAUAAACUCAAAAUCUCCCCAAGUGUCUAUUUUUAUACUCUUCCUUUGUAAAAAUUGUUUUUUAAAUAACAUGACUUCAAAGCAUUGUUAACUUUACAUCAGCAUAACCCAAGCAUGGGGAAUUCUCACAUCCUUGCUGGGCCUGAAAGUCGGAAGGAGGAAGGAAUUAUGCAGUCAGACAUUGAGCAAUCUGAGCGCUUCCUGAAAUCUCAGUCACCAACAGCAGCGAUUCCUAACCUUUCAGCAGGGGAGGGCUUACAGAGCCUUUGAUAAUUUGAUGAAAGCUGUGACUCCUUUCUCCAGGGGAAAAAAAAAAGGCACAUAAACUCACUUCAUGUUCCUUGAUCCAAACCAAAAUACCCGUGAUCUACAAUAACAGGAUGGAUGGUGAUUUUUAAUUGCAAGCAUCUGCGGGUGAAGUUUCCACACAUUUCUGGACUCUCCAUUGGAAAUGUGAAUAAACAGAUGAAUGCUGCUUGUUGAUAUAUGCAUUUCCAAUCCAAUUAUAUUUUAGACUUCAAUGUCCAAGUUACCUAAGUACAUCUGAAGAGGCACUCAAAGAACUUUACAGUAUAAAGACGAAGCUCGUCAGAGUCUUUCCAACAGAUAACUAGCGUUCAGACAGUAUGCGCUGAGCACCUACCGCAUGCCAAAGCUCCCUCCGGCGUGGUUGCAUCGUGCCACUUGAGGCUGUUUGAGGGGACCCUGGGGUCAGUCACUGCUUUUCCUGAGGGCUCUCCCACUAGGAACCCCACAAGGAAACUGAAAAGAAUUCUGAGACCCCCUGUCCUUGCUGACAUUUUUAAACAGUGGCUCUUUAGUGUCGUCUGUUCUGAUGAUUUUCGUGUUCAUGGUCUCAUGGAGUAUUCAGUCUUUCCAUGGAGAAAGGGCAACAGAAGAAGUACCAUUCAGAAAAAUCAGCUGCACCAGUAUUGUGUUGGUCCCUCUGUGAGGGAGGGGGCACUCCACAUUGGUCGUAUAUUUUAUUUUUAAAACAGUCCUCUCCGGAUGGCGCCUGGGGUCUCAGAGCUGGGCAGGAUGAGGCACUGGCCUGGACGGACCAGGCUGGGGGCAGUCUUUCAGGAGCCACACCAUCAGUGAAGCAUGCCCCCGCUGCCUCCCCGGGAAUUGCUGGGGGUCAGAGGACCACAGCCUCUGUCCAUCCUACCUCCUUCCGAGGGGCCUGCAGCAGGCUGCAGCGUUCUCAGAGCUGCUCCUCCUCUGUCCUCCUCUGACCUCCUCCAUCUACUCAGCAAGCAAAAUUCUUGCCCUGUAGGUUGACAGGGCAAGAGGAGUGAUCACAGAAAGCAGGAACCGUUUGGACUUGUCCAUGUGAUUCCAGGAAGGAAGCUGAAGGAGAGUGACGUGGCUGAGCACGCUGCGCUGGGCGUCCCCUGGGCACAGACACCCUGGCGCCCAAGGCUUCCAUCUCCAGCCCUCCCUGCUUCGCAGCCUCCAGUCCCCAGCUCCAGCCUCGGUCUCAUGGAGGCCACUCCUCUCCAGGACACUUGUGGCUCCCUCCUCUCUACCUGCGGCCCCUGCCCCCUGCCCACCAUCACCUUUGACCUCCCAAGUAGGUUUCAGUGCUAUGCUGCCUCACUCCCAAACUUCAGGAGUACAGACAAACCUACGGCAACACUUUGGAGCAGAUGCUUUAUCAAUUUAAAGAAAGUAACUCUUCAGCCACAAAAUUAAGUUCUCACAUAUGCAAAUGUGCCUCUGCACAUAAGGCAGCCUCUCACUCUAUGACAGUUUUCUGCCAAGGAACUCAAAGCACCUGGAACCCCUUCUGUCUUCACCAUACCUCACUUAAGGUGGAGGAGUUUUCUUCUGUCCAACAGGUUUGAAAGCUCAGGUUCAGAGUCUCUGAGUGGCUGGCCAUCCUCAGCCAGUCAUUACCAGUGACUUCCAGCUUCAAAGCCAGAGACAGAUCACCCUGUCAAUCCAGACCAUCUCCUGACUUGACAGCCCCUUCCUUUACAAGAAAAGAAUAAAGAAUCCAGGUGGUGGGGUGAGACACUGUGCAUUUAAAUGGUGAGAUUAGGCAGUAGGUCAGGAAGGGACUAGCAAGGUAAAUCCAUUUCCCCUUCUCUCCCUCUCCCCUUCUUUUUGUAAGACUGGCUACUUGAAUUAUGUGUAGAAUGUUUAAGGUAUUAUUGUCUAGUGUCUUCUUAGAAUGGAGAAGUUUUCAACUUAUUCAAGUGUCUGUGUGGACUUGUAUCCAUCUGCUAACCAAGACCAUCAGGGAAUGGAGGCAAAGUUUGCAACACGUGGGUGCCUUCAGAAAGGUCCUUGUGAAACACAGAUUAUAUUAGUGUCAUGUGUGUCCUGCUAAUGUAACAGAACUAGAUCACAUCCCUUUAACACAAAAUCCGGGUUUCUUUUUCCCCUAACUGUUGAUUACACAAUAAAUUUAUUAUUAUAUGUAAUGUUAUAUUGCUUUUGAAAUGCCUUUAUAUAUCUGUAUGUACAUCUCCAGCAGUAUUUCAGGGAAGUAUUAUAGGGAAAAGAAAAAAACAUUAGCCAUUUAACUUGAAAUAUUAUAAAAUAAUUCACAAUUUCCAUGCCAAAACCAACUCUGUUGACUAUUUACAAAGGACAGAGGAAACAGAUAGUCUGCCUUUUGGAAGCAAAUCUUGGCAAAAUGGUGAGUUGGUGGAACUUGUCUUCGGUAAUUUUGAUUUGCCGGAAUCCUGACUCUUCUUCCUCAAGAGUAAAGACUUCUGGUGGCAUUGCAGAUACACCUAGAGUGUUCACUUAGUGCAGAAGAGCAUGGCUGAAUGUUGUCCUUGGUUUCCUGUUUCUAUUAUUAAUUGCAUGUGAGUUGUGCUUUCCCAAGAUUUCAGUCAAGGACUUCCAGAGAUUCCUAAAGACCCUAAUCUACCAAAAUACCUAGAGAGCAUUUGGAUUCAGUUGGUUGUUUGUUUUUUAAUAUUGAAGAAUGUGACUUAUGUGAGCCUUCGGAAAUUGAUUGAACUAAAACCUAAAUCUAAGAAGAUAAGGUAAAAUUACUUGGAAGAAAAAAAGAGAUUUGAAGCACUUAUCCAGAUACUUUAGGAUAAAAACAUCCUUUUGCAAAAAACAUUUCAAAUGUGACAAAAUGAAUUUAUUGCAUGAAUCACAUGGACAGUGAUCUACAUUCUUCAAGUCACUUUUCUUACAUAGCCAAUACAGUGUGCCGCUUCAAUCCCUUCAGCAGCUCAUUUCCCAAUUUCCUCAUCUUCUCCUGUCACUGUCCAUUAUGUUGGCAGGAUUACAAUAGACUCAGACCUGCGUGUUUUGAGAGAAAACCUGGCGUGUUCUUGUGAACUCGCCGUUCAGUAGUUACCGAGACUCCGAAAGUUUGUCUGUGUUCCCCCUGACUGGUGGUUUCUGUCACCAUCGCAAACAUAAGACCUCCUGCAUCUGUUCCCAUAGCAACAGCCUCGUGGGUGACCUCUGGCAGGAGCUCUGUAGCGCCAGCGUGACCAUCCCACAUGCCUGAGACAGUCUGGCCACCAGGAGGAGACUGGCUUUCCUCUCUCAUCCCUCUGCAGUACAGGAAGGCAGCCCCAUGCUCCAGCCCAGCUUGAGAUGCUGCAAACCCCUCAGCACAAGCUGCUGCCAGGUCUGGGGCAGGCCGUGACACCCUGCACCCUUCAGGAGACCAUCUGCCAGUCCCUUCCAGUUUUAGCCUCAAGAAGCUGCCCGAGCAGCAAGCUGGGGCUUAGGGCCUGAUCCAGGCUCAGGAAGAGAUUCUUCAUCCCUCCAGUCCUGGGCUGGCCCAGGCAGCAGCAAGCCAGACUCUCAGGCCCUCGUGGAAGCCAAAUAGAAUCCCACCAAUGCCACACAUGGUCCUGGAGUCCCCACAGCUGUCCUUGGACCGGGGGAUGGUCAGAGACAGAGAAGAGGACCAGCUGGGAACACCUAGAGAAGUGGAUCAGCGAAGUGGGACUCCAGCAUUUUGUGACCUAAUACAACAAGGGCCCAGCCCCUCGGGUGCCACCGCUGCCCCACAUCAUAAGCCAUCGGGUGGGUUGUGCCAGGACAGGCCUCUGGGGCACACCCACUUCACGCUACUGCAUUCAACCGAAGCACCAGUAACACACAAACAAACACCAGUGAAAAACCCAAAGCCUUAACAUCCUCUAGAAACCCUGUGUCAAUUUCAUGAUUUGUAACAGACAUUGUUUUAGCAUGGAGCUUUUCCCUAGGAUGAUCCAGUUACUAAAAUCAACAUCCACCGUCUCGAUCCAUGCACUCAUGCUCCUACCAAAACCAGUUCUGUAACGUGACAGGGCAGUGUCACCCCACCCUGACAGCUUCGUCCUGAUGGGUCGCCGGGGCCUGUUUUCCUUGUUUACAUCGUUGUAUCACCAUGAAGGGGCAACAGCGGUUUUGUUCCAGCAGCGUUUUGGCCCUGGGUGGUUGCACGCUCCAUCCUAGAAUGGGCAUUCUUGCACACUGCACGUGUUUGUGGAGAACAAGACAGCACUCAUGCAAGGCAGUAAAUCGUCCUUCCGUUCCAGAGCAUGAAUAGUUUACUUUUUUAAUUGUCAUGUUAUAUUGAGCCUGCCCGUGGUUCUUCCUCUCUUCCUCUCCGAACUUCUUCUCAUCUGCACUUUUCCUGUCACCUCUUUUCCACAAGAUGAAAGCACUGCUGAGAGGGGGAACUCCAUUUCCUUCCAGAUAAAGGGAAGGAGCCUAAUUGUAAAUUUUAAAAAUAAUGUAAGAAACUGCUUAUGUUCUGUCAACAACCAAAAAAAAACAGGAAGAAUUGUAUCUGUGAACUAUCAAGCUAUUUCUGUAAAUAGAUUAAAAAGCACAUUAUCUUUAAUUUGUCACUACAGGCCUUGUAAUCUAUUGUAUAUUCAAAUGUUUUCACUGUAUCAGAAAAAAACAUUAUGUGAUACAUUCAGAAAAGCUGGGAAAACAAUUCAAAAUACAGUAUAAUUAACUCAAA